GGACGAAAAAAAUAGUCCGUCUGCUCGUUUUCCGUUUUCAAUGAUCUCGUCGGUUAACGAUGGAGACACGCCUACCACAGACAUGCAGGCUCCAAGUCUGUUAGAAUCGUCUUUACAGUUGUCCAAUGCUCUGAUGCAAACUGACAAUGACUCACACUCUACCUUAUUUCGAUCGGCCUCCAACGACCAGCUGAAUGGCACAACUAAUCACACAACCAAACGACCGCGCAUUACUCGCGAAUCCGUCUUUCGAUUCGGAAGAUCUAAGCAACCAAUCGUCGAUGCUGUUCCUGCUUCACCGUCACCACCUCCUGCACAAGAAGAGAAGAUGGCAGAGGUUCGAUCGCUGUUAGACGAGCUUCGACUGCAAUUGAUGGCAGCCCAAAGCGACAAAGCAAUGCUGGAGUCCACGUUCGAGACGGAAAAGGCGGAAUUGCUUCGCACCAUACACGAAAAAAUAAAGGAGAAAACGGAAGCCGAAUCUCGCGCUGUAUAUCACUUUCAGCAGGUUGAACUGUUGAAGAAAUCAAACAAAGAACUUGAAACUGAACUAGAGACAUUUAAGGGAAUGAGAGAUGAUGAACGAAUACAGCUGCGAGCGGAAAAUUCAGAUAUGAAGCAGGAGCUGAGAACAUUAAAACGAGAAUACGAGUCUGCUCGUCAGGAUUGGUCGCUAAAGGAGGCAGAAUAUGUCAGAGAAAGAGAUCAAAUGAAGAUAACUGUAGACGCUUUAACUCAGCAGCAACAGCAAAAUUCUGAGCUUUUGAAGCAACGUCUGGAUGAAGCAACAAUUACAAUGCAGCGUCUGGCAAGCUGUGAAACCGACUUACAGAAAUACCAGGCACUCGAUCUUGAUCCUGAACACAUCAAACACGUUGAAGAGGAAUUGCACUCACAUGUCGCAAAUGUACAUCGUCUAGAAAAGGAGAACGGUAUACUUAAUAGAGAUCUGCGACAUUACAAAUCUAUUUACCAAAACGUAGAAAAGUUACGAGAGCAAAAGUAUGAACUGGAACACCAACUGCGAAAUAUGGCGGUGUUCAAGGAUAAAUCUGUCCAAUUGGAAGUGGAAAACGCUGCCAUUAAACGUGAAAGAGCAGAAUGGGCUACUUUUCUGGAGAAUGCGGAUAAUAUUGGAUUUACCACGCCAUAUACUGUUUGCAGAGAACUCAAUCUUUUACGAAGUGAAAAGUCUUCUGCUGCGAAAGUUGAGGAUGAUUUGUCCGAGCUUAUGAAAAGCCAGGAGACGCUAUUGAUGGAAGCUGAAAAACGUAUACUGGAGCUGAAUGCACAGAUUCAACAAAAAGACAACCUGCGACAAGUUGAUCAAGUCAAUACUGAUAUUCUCAUGAAAGACAAACAAUUACUACAAAAAGAAAUAGGCAUUCUCAGAGAGCAGCUGAAAUCUUAUGACAUUGAAGAAAUUACUUACUUGAGCGAACGGUACGACUCAGCCAAGACCCAGCGUCUCAACGAACUUGAAGGCCUGCUCGGACAAUAUCGUGUUGAAAUUGAAGCACUACGCACCAUGAUGACAGCCGAACGAACCAGAGCACUGCAAGAUCGCUCAGGGCAACAGGCUGACAACAUGCCUGCUAUUCUACAGCUCCCUACCGGAGAGCAGAUCAAAGCUAGUUUGGUCGAUCUGGCCACAGCCAAAAUUGAUCUUAUGAAAAAAUUGUCGAAUCUAGAUGUCGAAUUCCAGCUCAAGACAAAGGACCUGGAGGUCUUGCAGAAGCAAAUUGAUAUCUUACGACAUGGUCUAGUUGUAGGCGGUUUGAACGAAGAACUUAUACGAAGCGUUGCUGAGGUUCAACCAGUACCCACCACCAGUGUGCACGACGAGGACAGUCCAAUGACAGAAAGCAAAGAGCCAAAGCAGCGGAUAUUACAACUCAAGGAUAACCCGGCCUCAAAAGAGCAAGCCAUACGGCAAAGUAUGUUGGAUGACUUGAAGAAAGAGAAUCAAGAGUUGAUUGCUCGACUUCAGCAGUCCAGUGAUGGCACGGCGAUGGCUGGCGUCAUAGAGUCUACUAUUCCAGCUCAAAGCUUCGACAACUUGCAGGCUGAGAAGGAACAAAUGGUGACUACAGUUGCACAGAAGGAGAAAAGAAUUCUUCGAAUGCAACAAGUUUGGGCAGCCAAAGUACGAGAAUACCAUGAAGCUGUUGCAAGCUUGUUAGGCUACAAAGUUGACUUUUCUGCUGACGGCAUGGUUCGGCUGGCCUCCAUGUACGCGGACCCCAACGAUAUUUCAUUCGUUUUCAAGUCAUCAGAAAACGAUCAAGGCACCCUCAAGAUUGUUGGAGCGAACAAGGAUAUGUACAUGAAGACUUUGGAGAGUAGCUACAACUAUUGUGUCAAUGAACGUGGCAGCAUUCCAGCAUUUUUGAGCGCCGUGACCAUGGAAUUAAUCGAUUAGUAAGUACAGCCAAUGUUGAAUUGGUAAACAGAAGGAAAAUGCGGUUGAAGAUAAGCGCUAGAAUACUGAUACGUACUGUUUACA